AGCGUCGUCUUAUUCAAAUUUAUAAAAGUUUAAAUGCCAAUGUUAUUUAUGUAAUGGAGUUGAGUUAAAGAAGCUCCAGUUGAAGAACUAAAAUGAGGUGAACUUGAGUGGAGUCUUGAAAACAUUGGUACAACAACAAUAUCGGGACCCUUUUCGGUUUGGGGGCCCUAAGUUAUCGACGUAGCCUGCGCUGCAAACCCAAUUGGCCCGCAGACCCAUUAUCGACGUAGUGUGCCCUAAAAUGUGUUAGGAGUGGUUUUUCUAAAACCAGUGAAAGGAGCGGAUGUCCAAUAGCUUUAGGGGUAUCUACCGAAAUGAAUUUGAGAAUUAUAUUUUUGCGGAAAUUUUUCGUAAGAUAUUUUUGCAUUAAGCAAGUUUUUAAAACUGUUGCUUAACUAAAUAUUUGCGGGAAAAUGCAAAAAGGAGUCUGCCUAAGGCCGUGUUGUCCAUCAAUUAUUGUUUAUUGUCAUUUAGUCUGAUUACUGUGCAUGGGCUUCAUACAAAGAAAACAUUGCUGGACCAGAGGAUGUCCCCACUAUCACCAAAUACAAACGGAAAUUCAAAUUAAUUGUUUGAAAUACGCAACAGUGUUUAUUAUGUUACAAGCAAGCUAGACUUACUCCAUGAGCCUCUGUUUCGCUACUGCCUCACUUACCUGACGCUACAACAGAAUACUGUCUCACUUAAAUGACGCUCUGUUGUAGCGUCCGUCAAGUGAGGCAGUAGCGAAACAGAGGCUCAUGGAGUAAGUCUAGGCAGCCACUAGCGUAAAAUUAGCAUCUGUUGAUUAGUAGAAAGCUGAAUUCUAAUCUUCAGACAUUCAAGUUCGAAUUUUCGGAGGUUUCAUGAAGGAACACCACGACAAAAGUAAGUUAAGAUUCACUUUCUUCGUCAAUUCUUAGACAGUUUUCUUAUCUUCUUUAUGAGUCAUUAAUUCUUCUCCUAACUGAAACUCAUUUUUGUAAUGAAUUGGAAAAGAAGAAGUUAAGAAAUGCAGGAUCAGCAAAGGAAAUCUUGUCGAAUAUACAUUAAUCUUGUCCAAAAUUUUGUGCAGUCCCAGAGUCAUUCAUUUUAUUGUUAGUCACUAAAGAAACUUAAAGAUUUGAAUGCCAAUUCUAAGUAUAAGAUCUAGAGUUUUAUUUUAAAGCAACGCGGCAUCACAAAUGUGUUUGACAAAAUUGGCUAAAGCUGUAUACUAAAAAACAAGUCAAUUAAACUCUGUUGAAAACCUUUAUAUACAUUUUGUCGAAGAAAUCUUUGCUUGAAUUCAAACUGAACACAUAUGAGAAGAAUUAAUUAAAUAUUCUAAAACGUUAUUGAAAACAUUCUGGUACUCAUCUAAAAUUUCAUACAAGAUUACAAAAUUUAUUUAAAAAAGUCGCAAAGUACACAAGGCAAGGAUUCUUUAGAUAGAAUCUUGACGCAUUGAAAGGAAGACUUCUAACGUAUCGAUAAUGCAUUUUUCAGCAACGGACCAGCAAAUAUUUCCAAAACUAAAUGAUGUUUGGUGUGUAGCGUUGAUCGUGUUGAAAUCGGGGAAUAAAACCGGACGAGUUUUUUGUAAGCUGUUGCAGGGAGAGGAAUUCGCCGUUGGUUUUCACUGCGUAACGUCUCGUGGUUUUUCAGGAGAAGAAAAUCAAGAUGAAAUCGCAAGGAAGAACAAAUUCAGUAAGAACGAGUAGCAGAUACAAAGAUGCCUCCUACAGACUUGUCAGUAUUAAUACUGCACUAUCGUCAAACGGAAAGAAAACUCUUCCAAAAUCAGAGUCUGAUCGUUUAAGUACAAUUCGGGUAGAUAAAGCUAAGUAUGACCAAACUCAAUUCAGUCACACGGCGAAUGAUUUUCAAUCCAAUACUUUUAAUCCGGGAGCCUUAAAUAUGGGUAACAGGCCUAAAAGAAGCAGUGAAACUAAUAAUGGGGGUAGGGGUCGGGCAGGGACCCAUAUUUCAGGUAAAAUUGAUUGGGUGUCUGAUGAUAGCAAACAGGAAACCGCGAGCGAGCACAAAAACAGAAGCAGUGGUUUUAGUCCAAGGCAGCGUGCGAUGCAUGGAAGAAUGUUUUCACCAUCAAUAAAGGAAGAAGAAGAAGACGAAGAGCAGGUUAUACGGAUGAAAGAGCAUUUGGAAGAUUUUGUGGAUGUCAGUGAUGAUGAGUGCAAUUUUCAGUCAGAGGAGGAGGAGUUGAACGAGGCCUUGCUUAGGGUUCGCUUUACAGGUGAAAUUAAGAAAGGAACUCGUUCACUGUCAAUCACAGAUCUCGAAGAAUGUCCAAAAGCUUCAGAAGAGGAGAGGGAUGAAGAAAAUUUGGAUGAAACCAGCUCUGACAGUGACAGCUUGUAUGAUACUGACCUGGAAGAAGAGUUUUCUGGUCGAAAAUUCAUUUGUCACCAAACUGGUAAAGAAAUCUACGAGUAUAUGUGCAAGAAAGAGGGGCUUAUCCCAGCGUCAUUUUUAUUGUCAAGAUUCACAGAGUCUGAAAUAUUGAUGCCUCACCAUGGCCUUGGACCAGAAGGCGGAAAAGCUUUUGCAAAAGGACUUGUGGUAAACGCAUAUGUAGAAAGGCUGGAUUUGUCUGACAACGAUUUGCGUUCAAAGGGAGGAAUGUCCUUUGGUUUUAUGCUGUUUGAGAAUUCUUACAUCACUGAUUUGGACCUUUCAGAGAAUGCUAUUGGAAUAUCGGGCGGUAUCAUUAUUGCUAAUGCACUGCAGGUCAACAAAUCGAUUAGACGUCUCAUUUUACGAGGAAAUCAGUUUACAGACAAAGUGGCCGUGGCAUUUGCUGGAGCGCUGACGGAAAAUGAGAAAUUGCAUGUACUGGAUCUCAGUUACAAUCAGUUGGGAGAAAUGGGUGGCCUUUAUCUAGGUGCUGGUUUGGGCAUGAAUUAUGGUCUUGCAAUGCUGAACUUGAAAUGGAACGCAAUUAGCGGGAAAGGGGCUGUGUCGAUUGCUCAUGCAUUAUCGGUAAACGAGACUUUGACAUCGCUGAACAUAUCUUGGAACAGCUUUGGCUACACCGGUGCAAUGGCACUUAGUACUUAUCUUAAGAAGAAUGAAAGCUUGAAGCAUCUCGACCUAAGAAACAACCAUUUGAAUGAAGCUGCAAUAUUGAAGCUUAUGCCAGCUGUUGCUUCUCACCAAAGUCUGAUUGAAAUCAAGGUUGGUCAAAAUCCAAUUGGCGAGGCUGGUGUAAGGGAGAUCUUUGAAGCUGUUGGCCUAAACCUAAACAUUAUUCAUCUUGGCCUAGAGGACAUAUCUGUUCCACUUGAGUUCCUUCCAACAAUCCAAAAAUUAGAGAAGGAAAGAGGGAUAGUGAUUGUGACUGACAAAAAGACCCGCACAUCAACAAAUGAAGAGCAAAAGAACGGAAUGGACAUUCUCAUGGAAUUCCUUCAGGACAAUUCGCUUCGCCUGAAGGAUAUGUUUUUUAGGCUGGAUAAAGACCACAGUGGAGAUAUCACUAGGGAGGAAUUCAAACAUGGCUUGAAAGAGAUGGGAAUUCAAAUGGAUUUGAAACAAUUGGACAAACUGAUAAAUGAGAUUGACAAAGACAACAGUGACUCAAUUGAUUAUGGGGAGAUCACACAAGGCCACAAAACAGCAAAAGAACAUAAAAGGCGCAAAACGUUGGCAAAGAUCAAUUUGAAGAAAAAGGAUGAAGCUUCACUUAUGCUGCCUGAACUGGAUACGAUAAGACAAAGUCUAUCUCUUAAAGACAUUAAGGUUAAGGAUAAUUAAAUGCAAUAGUACACCCUGUUUCUUUAUACCAAGCAAAGGACGCCGGCGCUUAGGGGCCUACAGGGGUGGUUGACCCCUUUGCCUUCGAAAAUAUUAGCAAUUUUCUUUAUUUUGCAAUUGUUCUUCCGCUUGACCUGCAACCUCUUUACCCAGCCUUUUUAGGUAUCAUAUCCUUAUAUACCCUGGGUACCAGACUCUCUAUAUAUAAAAUAAAAUAGAGAAUCUCUAUUUUAUUUUAUAUAUAGUGAGUCUGGUACCUAGGGUAAUCCUUAUAAGACGCGAGAAAUCUUCACUUUGUUGAUUCUUACCUUGAUCCGCGCCCUUUGCUUGCUAAUAAUCUCCAGACUCUCCUUCUCUUUUUCAUCCCACACACAAUGGCGAAUUUGGUAAAUGCAGCCUUUUGUAAUUGAUGGCUUGAAAAGUUCAAACUAAUUUCCAUAUUUGGACACAAAAUUUCCAUAUUUGGACACAAAAUUUCCAUAUUUGGACACAAAAUUUCCAUAUUUGGAUACGAAUGCUUUAUUAAUGAUUGAAGGGAUUCCGGGCACUUGUGGGACCAAUCAGGAAAAAUGACUUGAGCAAAUAAUGUUUUUUCUCUUAUAAGUAGAAUUUUAAGGUGGUAACUGUACUCAGUAACUUUUCUGCUUAGGAAAUAGGGAUCAAUAAUGGGCACUCCACCUGCAACUUUCCAAGGAAUUUUUUUCUGCGUCCAAUAAGAUGUUUCCAAAUUUUUCAAUGCUUCUAACGACAGAAAUUUAAACAAUAAACAGAUAAGUACUUGUUUGUUUGAAGUUACAUCUAGGGUUGUUCAAGGUUUUUCAAGGUGAACCUUUAUCUAUCAUCACAGUACUUUGCGAAUGCACCAGCCUGCAUCCAUUGGAAGUCCUCUUUUCGGCUCUUACAUUUUGCAUACUAUCAAAAGGCGAUUAGAAACAAGGGUUUUAGACAAUUGAAAUCCUCCCCCUUAUUUGUUGUCUGAACAAAAAGUAUUAUGCAUGCUUAAAGAUCUAGAUGGAAUAGUGUUUGUUCAGCUUCUGAUCAGACCUUCCUUUAUGCUGCAAUGUAGGUCCUUAGUAAUUCUGUUUUGUAAAUGGAUCUACUUUACAUUCAAUAACUCUUUUUGUUUCAAGAAUAAGAUUUUCAAUCUUGUUUGGGCAAUUUUUUGCUUAAAAUAGAAUAUGUACAAAUUAUAGUACAGUACAGUUUAAAAUUAUAAGACGGAGAAGCAGAAGUAGUUCAGCGUUCUUUGGAAUUAAUUUUUUAGUAAAUAUGGCAUAAAAAUAUUAAGAUAUGAUCUGUUUAGUAACUUAUAUAACUUAUUUGAUAUAAUGUUGGACGUUAAGAUAUAAAUAAUUUCACAUUGAUUUAUUUGACAACCAUUCACAACACACAGAACUUUAACAUGUAUUACUAUUUUCAAGUUUUUUUUCUGAACAUACUGACAUCCUAAAUUAAUUCGUGAUUGAUAGGUUGUUGUCAAUGUUUAAAUAAAUAGCAAGGAAUAAAAUUUCAAGAGUUCGAAUUUAGCUUCUAGUGUUGAUACAUUCUACCAAAAGAUUCCUUAUUUUAUCUUGAUUCUACCAAACUCAAGAAAGCCUUAAACGGUUGUAUGAAAUAUUUUUAACGUUGCUUUUUAUGGAAUAGUGAAGUAAUUUUUGCGUUCCAGAUCCUUAAUUUAGGAUAUAAACAAGGAUUUAUGUUCUCCAUAUUUUAUCGUUCAAGAUAGGUGGUCGAGAACAAAGACACCUCUUGUUACUAUGGUGAUGGAAUUAGGGGAUAAGCUGGACAGGGCCGACUCUAUUAGCCUGUGUGUAGACUUAACUUCCCAUCGCGAAGGAGUGCCAGGGCAGAGCUCCCUCUUACAAGCUCUGUCCUGGCUACGUCACUAUGUGGUAGAGCAGUUGAAUUAAGCAGUUUCACACUAAAAAAACUCAGCUAUUUCAUCUUCAACUUUUUAUCUCCCUCUACAAUCAUAAUCAGAAAGUUUUUAUAUUUACAUAGCAGCACACUGAGCAUACUUAGGUUAUGAUAAUUAUAUACACGUAAGCAGCAAUUAAUCCUACCACAACUAGGGAGAAUGUGGGGGUGUGGGGGUUGUGACACGCUCAAAAGCAAUGAAUGUAGACUUUUCUUCCCCGCACAACUUCAACUCUAAGUUUCAAGUCCAUGCUCUUAACAGAUAGUCCCUGUAUUUCUAUAUGAUUUAAUGUCCAGUUUUAUAUUGUGGAAAAGCGUUUUAAUAUGCUAUUAAGGCUUCAAGGAAGAUUAAGUCUUAAUGCUUCAAGGAAGAAUUUGAUGGUUAUAGCUGACUUCAAAUGUGAUAUAAUCAAUGUGUAGGCUGCGCAUGCUCCAUUUCGCAAUGCGGCAUAAAAUCGCUGAACCGCGUAAGCUUUGUGCGUAGCUACUCAUAUCUGCGUCUAGCUGAGCAGGCAGGUCCCACUUACGAAAUUAAGAAUCUGCAAGCUGUCUGUUUUUCUGCUUCGCCAAUGGACUGAGCUUUUCACAUCGCGUUUUGCUUUUAUUCUUCCUCCGUUUAUGCAAAGUUAUGAUCGACUGACUAAACUCAAGUUUCAAUUUGCUGCAAACCAACGGAAUUAUCUUAGAGCCAAUAACAACUAAAGAAGCUUAGAAGAAGUAACCAGCUCAAUGACCGUUGACCCUAACCGCUAAACGCAGGCAUACCGCUCAAAUGGAUGCACAAUGCAUGAUGGCUAUAUUUCAUUUACUUAUGUUCGCCUGUCUGCUACACACUACAACGCAGGGCUCUGCUGUCUUAAAGAGAAAAGCACGGCACAUUGUUGCGGCGCUAAAAAGCCAAGAUGUUGCAAAUAUGAACCCAAAAGCAGUUGUUGCAG